UUAACUUUAGUCGACGCAUGUCGGUCUCCGUGGUAUAGAAUUUCGCUAAAUAUUCCGACAUCGGGUUAGUAACUGACGUCGGCAACUUUAGCGGUCCGCGAGAGUUUCUCUCCUCAGUAACCCGCGGGACUCAACCCCGUGCGCAACGAAUUGUGUGUUUUUUUUUUUUUUUUUUUUUCUAUUAAUUUGUAAAGGAUACCUAUCAUCUCGAGUGGUCGCGAAUCCCGCGGUUGAGGCUUUCGAAAAACGUGAAGCGAGAAUAGUUUGAAAGAAAAAGAGAGAACAAAAAAUCAAACACGAUUCGACGAAUCCUUCAUGCGUGCGUUCGGCCCUUGAUGCGGGCCCACCCACGUGGGUAGAAAACGUGAGCCGACGGACGAAUGAUUUAUACUUUGGCAACGAAGUAAUUGUUUUCUAAUACCAGACGAUCUGAACAUAGCGCGGUGGUGGAUAUACAUAUAAACUUGGCGGAAAACUCGUCGUUACAUUACAGUAAUACAUAUUAUAUGUAUACGUGCGCGCCGCAUCCAUAGGAGCGAUGGCGUACCAUCGAGGGGGGCACGCCGGGGCGGUAGCGGUUUCGUACAGCACCAGCGCAAUGCCCACAUCCCUGUCACCCAACAGCCGAUAUUCCAGCGGGAGUACCGGUAGCACGAGUUCCGGUGUUUCAGGAAGUACCACGACCAAACUGUCGUCCUACAGAUCGUCGGCGUCCGGUUCCUUCGAUCGAUCGUCCGGUUACUACAGCUCCGGCUCCGGCUCCGCCUCCUCUUCCUCCUCCUCCGGGUACAGAUCGCACAGAUCAAGCUACUCGUCGUCGGACUAUCAACGAUUCUACUCGCCCGCUAGGUCGUCGUCAGUCUCGUCCGCAUCGUCGUUCUCGGACGCGGUUUGCGGCGGCAGCAGCGGAAUCGGCGGGGGCAGCAGCGUAGGCGGCGGCAGAUAUUCGACGUCGUCGUCGAGGGACCGCAGCGAGUCCCGCGAUAUCGUCGGUAGUUCGGUGACCUCGGCGGCGGACAUUAUCGCUAAAUAUUCGCCGGCAAAGUACGUGCCAAAUAUCAUUGCGAGUAAUGAACGUCACGCCGCGGCGGCAGCGGCAGCGGCAGCGGCAGCAGCAUCAGCAUCGUCGUCGUCGUCGCCCCUGAGUUACAACGGUUACGGAGGUUCGCCGAGCGGCGGAAAUUCUACCGCGAUAUUCGGUGGUAACUCGGCGAACGCGGCCAAACUGCCGACGUCUAUUUCCACCGCAUUCGCGAGGGACAACGCCUCCGGCGAGUCGUCGACGACGAGCAACGCGGUCCAGGGACGACCUCCGAGGGCGACGAGAAGAUCGCCGUUAAACACGCUGCAGAUCAACAGCCAUGCCGCGCUGCAGCCGGAGAGCGGCGUGGCCACGGAGGUAACGCGGCUCCAUCUCCUUCGCCUCAAGGGGGACGGGAACGACGAUAACAAUAACAGUAACGAUAGGGAUAACAACGACGACGACGACAACAGGCCUCAAAACGAGGAAUUAUUUUACGAACGCUAUUACGGGGUUGACGAUAACGAGAACGACGACGACGACGACGACGACGACGACGACGAAGCAGCCGCCUCCUCCGCCCGGACCAAUUCGAACCUGAACGACUGCCCACCUGAAUAUGACGCUGGAAUUUUCACUUGCCGAUCCGGUGUCAAUUCAACGUUGUUCAGGAACGACGCCUCGUCCGUAACACCCUCCAAUAACUCUGACUCCGUUGUGUGCGUAAAUAACACGGUUUCUGGUUUCACUAAAAUUUCUACCGCCAAUAACAGUAACUUAUUGUUCACUAACAUCGAACUGUCGAACAACAAUUUGAACUCGAGUAACGAGGGUAGCGGGACCGACGUCGACGCCGUUUCCGACGGGAUCGACGCCGAUCGUUCGAAGGACCAAAACGACGCGGACGAUCGGAUUCCCGCCGCUACCGAUAAUUUCGCUGAAAGUCACUCGACCGUACGAGAUUCGUUUAACGGGGACGUCGAUAACGUCGGUGAUAAAAAUUCGGCCAUUUUAAAUAACCACGGCGACGUUAAUCCGCCGCUUCCGUUGCCUACGGUUUCCGACAACUCUUUCAAUUCCCUGGACUUGACUUCCGGCGGUGUUCAUUCGACCCUGAGAAAUAAGGGAGUCGUCUCGCGACCUGGCGGUAAUCAGACCGGAGACAAUACCGAUACCACGCUACCUUCGACCUCGAGAAGGGGUGAUACUUAUACCGGAAACGGAAGUACUAGUAACGGUUCUUCGAACGGACUUGGAAACACGUCUCAAUCGGCGACGGCGCAUCAAAACAUCUAUCGCGGUAUCACCGAUCAAAUCGAAGGAAGUCCAACGAUCCGGGCCCCACGCAACCGGUUGCAGACACCUAGAGACGAACGAUGUGGAUUGAACGGGCUCAGAAACAUUGGAAACACAUGUUUUAUGAACAGCGUGAUCCAAUGUCUGAGCAACACGAGACCCCUGCUGGAGUAUUUGGUAAACGAGCAGUAUCUAGCUGACAUCAACACGACGACUUCGAGCAUGAAAGGUGCCCUCAUAAAGGCCUUCUCUCAAGUCAUUCAAGAACUUUGGGAGGUCGGCGGGGACCACGUGGUCAACACCGCCUCCCUAAAGUCUCAAAUCCAGAGAUUCGCACCACGUUUCAUGGGCUACAGUCAACAGGACGCCCAGGAAUUCCUGAGGUACUUGCUCGAGGGCCUCCACGAAGAUGUCAACAGGGUUAUCGUCAAACCACAACCCAUACACACCGACAUACCCGACCAUUACUCGGAUAGCCAGAAGGCAGCUGAAAGUUGGAAGCGGUAUCUGAGAAACGAGGACAGUACUAUCGUCGAUGUUUUCGUUGGUCAAUUGAGAUCGUCGUUGCACUGUACGUCUUGCGGUCACGUUUCGGUUACCCUGGAUCCCUUCUGGGAUUUGAGUUUGCCGAUACCGACGAGGAGCGGAACGGUGAAGCUCAAUCAGUGCCUGGAACACUUCACGAGAGAGGAGAUAAUGGACGGGGACGAGAAGCCGACCUGUUCCAAAUGUCAAAUGAGAAGAAAAUGCACCAAGAGUUUCAGCAUCCAGAAAUUUCCAAAGAUUUUGGUAAUACAUCUCAAGCGCUUCUCCCCCAUGGAACGUUUUCGGGGUAAACUGAACACAUUGGUCGAUUUCCCGCUAACCGGUUUGGACUUGGGUGCCUUUUCCGCUCCCAGAGUUGCCGGUUGUACCUACAACUUGUACGGAGUAGCGAAUCACUCGGGGACUACUUACUCCGGUCAUUACACCGCCUACUGUAAACAUCCCUACUCGGGCGAGUGGCACGAGUACAACGACAGCAGAGUAUCGACGAUCGCGGCGAGAUCGGUCGUCUCCAGCGAGGGAUACGUUUUAUUCUACGAACAACAACCGCAUAGUUCUAAUUUGUAACACUACGCUACGCCUAGAACCAUCUUGCCUCUCAUUCAAAGUACCUCAACUUAACCACCGAUAGAUACCCUUUGAUCGUUGGGUUUUAAAAGUGACUCUGAACAUCGGCUAGAAUCGCGCAUGUUUUUCAUCAUAUUGAUAGUAUGUUUAUUUUACGAAAAAACUUUGGUAAGGCCCGUAUUUAUUAUUCGCUCGACCCUUUUGUCAUUGAAAAUCGGAGAAAAAAGCUUCUUUAUACGUAAACGUAGUAGAAUGAUUUCGAGAUCUUCGAAUAGCGUCACAAACUCGAACUGGAGCUACUACUAUAUUUGCUUGCAAUUUUCGAAUCCGGAAGUGUCGUUUGCGUUCCUUGAAACUUUCUAUUUUGUCAAUGGGACGAAACGACGCUUCGCCGUAAGUUAUAUUUCAUUUAUUUCAACGAUUCGUCAGAUCUCCUAAUUUUCUUCAAAACGUGUCACGCAUUUUAAAACUAUAUUUAGAAAAUUUACGCACUUAUUCGAUUGCCUACCUCUCUAGCCGGUAUCUCUGUGCAAGUUGCUCUUAAAACAGACGACAUAGCGCUUCUGUCCCCCCUUACCCUCAUUUUCACCAAACA